AAGCGGGGCGGGACUUUGUUGUGGCGAUUGAUUCUUUUCAUUAUGGAUGGAGGGGAUGAUGGUAAUCUUGUCAUCAAAAAGAGGUUUGUAUCUGAGGCAGAAUUAGAGGAACGACGCAAAAGGCGACAAGAAGAAUGGGAGAAAGUUCGAAAACCCGAAGAUCCCAAAGAAUGUCCAGAGGAGGUUUAUGACCCACAGUCUCUCUAUGAAAGGCUACAGGAACAGAAAGACAGGAAGCAGCAGGAGUAUGAGGAGCAAUUCAAAUUCAAAAACAUGGUAAGAGGCUUAGAUGAAGAUGAGACCAACUUCCUUGAUGAGGUUUCUCGGCAGGAACUAAUAGAAAAGCAACGAAGAGAAGAAGAACUGAAGGAACUAAAGGAAUACAGAAGUAAUCUCAAUAAAGUUGGAAUCUCUGCAGAAAACAAGAAGGAAGUAGAGAAGAAACUGCCUGUGAAACCAAUAGAAACCAAGAACAAGUUCUCCCAGGCGAAGCUGUUGGCAGGAGCUGUGAAGCACAAGAGCUCAGACAGUGGCAAUAGUGUGAAAAGACUGAAACCAGACCCUGACCCAGAUGACAAGAGUCAAGAGGCCUCAUCCUGUGUGUCUCUUGGAAGUACCUCCCUGAGUGGCCCGUCCAUUCACUGCCCCUCCACUGCUGUCUGCAUUGGCAUCCUCCCAGGUCUGGGCGCCUACUCCGGAAGCAGCGACUCUGAGUCCAGCUCAGACAGUGAAGGCACCAUCAAUGCCACAGGGAAGAUUGUCUCCUUCAUCUUCCAAACCAGCACCUUCCUUGAGGCACCCUAACUCCUGUUCUUCAACAGGAAGGCCCCUCUAAAAUGGUCGGACUGUCCAUUCUGCCGCCAAGGCAUUCAUUACCUCCCUCUAAAAACGCCUUUGCUGGCCCUGUGUGCACACCGUGACACUUUUAAAAUCUCACCUAAAAGUGUGCCAGAUCCACUUGUGGCCAGAACUGUGGUCUCCUUUCCACUGUAGUGCAGAUGACCAAACCAGUCUCACUGCCUCUUCCUCACUGAUAUGGUAGGGUGGGUGUGGCCUGCAG